AACUUCUGCACAGAAAUGAAUCCAGAGGUGAUCAAUCAAUGAGACCCUGUCAGUCAGUUAUUCUGUCAAAGUGCAAGCUAACUAUAAUCCUCUUCUCCUCUCAGGUCACAGCGGUGCUGGUAGCAAAGUUCCCCAGUGUAUCUGCAUCCACCAUCCAAUCUUUGGGCAGCCAGUGUGUGGGCCUGACUGUGGGCCAGAUAAGCUCCACCCCCUCCAGUGUGAUAAACAGUGCUCUGUCUACACUCAGUAACAUCAGUGGCUGGGACCAGGGCCAAGUGAAUGCCCUGAUCCAGAGCAUCAUUAGUGCAGGCUUUAAUAUCAGCAGUGCCUCCUCUCUGGAGUCCCUGGGAACACUCAUCGGCGGCGUUCCCUCUGCAAUCAUCUCCAUCAUCCCAUCGUCUCAGCUUCUGUCUUUAUCGCAGAAUCCAACAUUCAUCAAUAACAUUCUGUCAGCACCAGUUAUUCUGCAAAAGACAUUUGUCCAGAAGGUAAUCUCUGUAGACCAAACUGAAGUGCUACAGAAUGUUCCGGAUGCACUCGUGAUGUAUAUUCCACUUGUUCUACUGACCUCACUGAGCUCUGUUGACAUUUCACUCAUCAACAACAAGAGCUGGAGUCACGAACAGGCUAUGAUGUUGUUUGGUGCAGUGGCCAAUGCCAGUGAUAAUCCAGAAGAUCUGUCAGCAUCAAUACUGCAGGGAUUCUCCUGCAGCUCAGUUCAGACUCUCCCACAGCAGAAAGCCAAAGAUCUAGUGAAAGCCUGUAGACCCCGUGCAGGCAGAGACAAGGUCCUCCUGAAAGAGGCUCAGCUGACCUGCAUGUACAACUACGUGAAAGACGAUCCAUUUGUUAGCUUUACUGACGUCCCCUCUGAUAUGCUUCUGUACUACAGGUGUGUAACACGUUCACAUACACAAUGUACCGUAUAUAAAAGAUAAGGCACACUUCCCCUGCAUUCCCAAUUUUCAAAUAUCUGAGGUUAAGAAUAUGGGUCAUAUGCUAUCUGUAAUGUGUGUGUGUGUGU